AUGUCUGGUGUGUGGGUUUUCGACAAGAACGGAGUGGCCAGGCUCAUAACAAACCCAACAAAGGAAUCCUUCGAACAGAGAGAUCCCAAACAUCCUGGUACAGCCACCGCACCUGGCGCCAGACCAAGAGUCUUGGUCUACCUCCCCAGCAACCAGGUCAUUCGUUCCUACAACGAACUCGAGCAGCGACUCACCGAACUCGGCUGGACUCGCCACCGUGACUCCGACCGCUCAGACCUCAUCCAGUUCCACCGUUCUGACACCUCUUCACAUCUCAUUUCCCUCCCCAAAAACUUCUCCAACUUUAAGCACUUCCAUUUGUACGACAUCGUCGUAAAAAAUCGUGCUUUCUUUCAGGUUCGUGACCCCACUAUGCUAUACGAAGCCUAG